CUGGCCAAGAAGCCUCAGCAGUUACACUUGCCAAAGCGAUUACAUUUAGCCAGCAGGCUUAGCUUUUAGUAUUCACGGUCCUAAUGUGACUUCAUAAUUUUGUACAUGUUUUUUUAGCCGUAGCCGCUUUCUCCGUCUCGUGCUGUCUGUUCUGUGUUGGGCACGCGGCUGGGAUUGGAAUUUGCUUUAACUUAACGGCGGCAGUUGUUGGACCGGCGUUUUCGGCGCCUCCUCGCAGCGGAUUUACAAAGCCUCCACGGAACCUGCAAUGAGAUUCAGAACCCUCGACAGCGACUAAGCAUUUCAGAACCCUGGACAGCGACUCGACGUCUCACUCGAGGCUCAGAGAGGCUGGCACGUGGCAAGAGGAGGGGGAAGGAUGGAUCUUCAGCCCAGCGUAAGAGCCUCCCCCCGGGGAUGCCGGCAUCAGACGCAAGGCCUCAUGGGCCGUUGACCUGCUGUCUUCGUGAUUUAUGGCGGCUGGGGGCCUCUGGCCACUGCAGACUCCUCUCCCUUCUCUCCUCCAUUUCCCUUCACACAUACUACAGGACUGCAAGAAGCCACACACACUGCACCAUCAUCUACAGGACUGUCUAAAGAGGGAAUCCUUGCACAUGCUGAGGUGCAGCACUUGCAUGCAAAUAUCCAGUCCUUUCUACUCUGUCUCAUCCAAAAAUAAACACCUUCAUAAACGCUCCUACACUGUAGGACCGUGUCCCACCAUCCCAUCACAAGUCUAUUAGAGCAAGCCUGCUCUGAGAGCAUUUUCCAUUUGACUGUGUGGAUUACAAUCAGUCAUGGUGUGCUGGGUGUAGUGCCCUCGUUGUAGCUGCUGCUAAAAGGCAGAGCUGGAUCAAUGGAAGUGCGCUGAGUGACGAGAUGAUGCCCUUGUUUUCACAUGGCCUGAGUGUUAUCAGCAGCCAGCAUCUCUGCACACAAGGUUCUGCUUCUACUCUGCAAAAAUUAUCCUCUAUGGACUCUUAGGGUGGCGAGUGAAGGUUUUAUCUUCAUAUUAGGGACGCUGUAGUCAGACAGUUGAUCUUGUGCACACAAAAUCUGUCAGAGCACUUUAGAUAUUCUUUUUUACUCCAAUCCAAAAGGUUUGGAGUGUACACAGUACACAUUCCCUUCUGGUCUAUUUAAUUUUUUUUUUUUUAAAAAGCUGUGGUCUGUGAGUGAGAGCCAACAGGUGCCCUUGCGAUGGUGUUGCCGCCCCCAGACAAACGCCACGUGUGCCUGACCACCAUUGUCAUCAUGACCAGCAUGGCCUUCAUGGACGCCUACCUGGUGGAGCAAAACCAGGGUCCAAGGAAGAUUGGUGUGUGCAUCAUAGUGCUGGUAGGGGACGUUUGUUUCCUCAUAGUGCUACGAUAUGUGGCAGUCUGGGUCGGUGCAGAGGUCCGCACCGCUCGACGAGGCUAUGCCAUGAUCUUGUGGUUUCUGUACAUCUUUGUGCUGGAAAUCAAACUCUACUUUGUUUUCCAGAAUUGCAAAGCUGACAGGAAGAGUCUGGAGACUGUGGCACGGAAAGCUUUGACCUUACUUUUAUCUGUGUGUGUGCCAGGUUUAUACUUGGUUCUCGUGGCUCUGGAUAGUAUGGAGUACGUGAGAACUUUUCGGAAGAAAGAGGACAUGAGGAGUCGUCUGUUUUGGGUGGCUCUGGAUCUCCUGGACCUGCUGGAUAUCCAAGCCAACCUGUGGGAACCCCAGCGAACAGGCCUGCCCAUCUGGGCUGAAGGCCUGAUGUUCUUCUACUGCUACAUCCUGCUGCUGAUCCUGCCUUGUGUGUCGCUCAGUGAAAUCAGCAUGCAGGGGGAGCACAUGUCACCUCAGAAGAUGAUGCUCUACCCGGUCCUUAGCCUGGUCACCAUAAACGUGGUCACCAUCCUCAUACGUGGUAUAAACAUGGUGUUGUUUCAGGACAGCCGUGUUUCCACCAUCUUUGUCGGCAAGAAUGUGGUGGCCAUUGCCACUAAGGCAUCCACCUUCUUGGAGUACCGCAGACAGGUGAAGGAAUUCCCACACCCACAAAAUGCAAUGGCACUGGAGUUGCAACAGAACUCUGUCAGCCACACACAGCCGCUGCCCAAUGCCACCAGUUUGCCACAUGAACCUUCGCCAGCGCAGGACGUUAUUGACACAUGACCGCCAGUGCUGGACUCAGCACUGGUAGAGACAGAGCAAGAGCUCCAGCAGAGGAGGAUAGAGAAUAAAGAGAUCAGCUGCAUGACAGGAUGAUAUUCUGCUCUUGUCAAGCUCACAAGAACUGCUGUAAAACCACAAAAAGAGAUUUUUAGCAUCACCUGCCUGUCAGAAAAUACUGAAUACCUACACUUGACUGAGUUCAGUGUGGAGACGUCAAAGUUAAAACAAGGGUUUUUAAUUGUGCUUUUGUGUUUUUAAUUGUUUCAAAUGUUUCAAAAGUUCAAACUUUACUAAAAGACAAUCUCCAAACUGUGCAACCUGGUGACAUUUUGUUGUGUAAAAAUGGACAGUUAGUUUCAUCUCUGUGAGUAGCUCGUUUUUUUUUUUUUAAAGGUCACUUUUUUCUUUUUUUUUUUUGACAGUGUGUCUGUGCAUUACCUUUGAAUUUCAGCACCAAAGGACAUACCACUCAGUGUGAAGCCAUGAUGGACAGGAGGAGCAGUGAGUGACCAGUCAGUCAUAUAUCUGCUCUCUGUGCUAUACAAGAGUGAGUUUGGUGGCUUCUAUGUUUAAGUUUUGCUGAGAAAGGAGCUCCGUAAAAGCUGCUGCCUCGUUCAGUGUGAAGCUUACAAUGAAAGUUCUGAUGAAAAGAGCAGCGCACAGCACUAUACCAUCCACUGCAGACAUCUGAGCGAGUGUCUUGACGUGUGCAUGUGUGGACGUGUGUGUGUCUAAUUGCAGGCACACAAAUUUACAGAGUAUGUAUGAUCGAACGCACAGGAGAUUUAAGUUAUUUGAAGUUGUUUUGGAAAAGAUGAGUGUUAUAAUGAGUGUUAUGAUUUGAAAAUGAGACAAAAUAUGUAAAUUUUCUAAACAAAACAAGAUGAUGGGGUUAAGAUGCUUUUUGUCUUUUGUUUCUUGUACUGUACAUUCCUCCAGAACUAGUUCAAGCCUUGAAUUAAAAGAUCAGAGAACGCCUCACUGAAGACUUGACAAAACAACAUAAAAAUGAUACUAUGAGGGAAAUUUAAAAUG